GACAGCCAGUAUAUUUACAAAAUUGUUUGUUUACAGCUUGUCACUUUCAAAUUUUCAGAACUUCGUUUGGAAAAUUUGCUUGAAAUAACGUGAAGAAAAUCUACUUUGAACUGAAGGCUAAUUAAUGAUCGUUGAUGUCGGGCGAUUUACGGCAGUUUUUUGACGACCAAAGACGCGACAUUCUCAAGGAGAAGACGCGCCAACAAGUGCUGGAAAGUGUGUGUCUAGAGGACAACAAGGAAAAUGUGGAAAACCCAUCAUUGCCAGCGGAAAAGCAGAAAGUGCCUUCCGUUCUCGAGCCUCUGGAUCUGACCAGGUGCUACAAACUCACUCUAGAGGAGAGGAAGCAGGCGCUCAUCGACAGGCUUGCCAACUGUGACGGCCCCUUCUCCCACAGGUCAUCGGAUGAGGCGACGGGGUGCGGCGUCUUGGGGAGCGGGGCCCCCUUCGGGCUGCCAUCGUUCCGUCGCGGCGAGUACGCGCCCCCAAGUUACGUUCAUCUGAGGGCGGCGCCCCACGAAGGCCUGGGCGAGUAUGAGAUCCGACGGGGCCUUGCGACCGAUCGGCCCAGGAGCUAUUUGAGACACGGCGCCAAGAGGGGCGGCAUUAAAGAGGUACCAACUGAUCGGGUGGACUUGGAGUCGCCCAAGAGCGACCGCAGCACAAACACUGAGUUAUCUGUCGAAUCCAAGUCAGUUCAAACUGAUAUUGCGAACAUUAAUUGCGAACUAGUAGUGCGGCAUGAGAGUGCAGGCCAGUACCAGACGGGGCACGAGGGCGCUGUAAGCUCGAGACGCACCGCAACCGACGAUCUGGUCGAUUUGGCGCUGCGCAGACGGUCCGCUUAUCCGCACUGCGUCGAUCAGCGACUCACCAGCGCGCAGAAUGAAAUCGUGCUGAGAGCGUCCAGCUCGGUCAGCAUGGAUAAACCGAAAAGCAUCCUGUCCAAUAGGCGGACAGGCAGUCCACGGGAUCGGUAUCCGUCAGAAGGGGGGCUCAGUUCGUCCUAUACUCCCGCCACCUAUCUUGACGGAUUCAGCUACUCCGACCGCAGCGACGAUCUCGAACGGGAGCGGUUAAAACGUGAGGCGUACCAGCACGACUUGCGGUUGCAGAUAGAGGAGAAGCGCCACCUGGCGGCCAUGCGUGAGGAGCAAGAGCGACGCGAACGCGACCUGGAGAACCGACGGCUGGAGCAGCAACUCAUGCGGAUGCGUGAGGAGCAGUUUCAGGAGGAGCAACGCAGGCAGCGCCGUAAUGAACUGAUGCGUCGUCACAGUGACGACAUGCUCCGGCGCAAAACCGAGCUGCACGAAAUGCAACGCCCCUGGCGGCGCCACGCCGAUUCUGAGAGCGCCAACUUGGACUCACUGGGCCUGAGUAGUGGGGGGUACGCCGGCCCUGGCUACUCGCCGCCCGUCAGCAGGAAAACCCCCGUUUCUCCCUACUCUUCCUCUUACAAUGUGCCACCCACCUCUGUGUUCCCCGACUCUAGUGCUAGUAGAUACCAGGCAAAUCGUUUCGAAUCUUCGUCGUACCCAAGCGGGAUUCUGCGCAAACCGGAGAGCAGCGCGCUGCGCCGGAUGGACGCUGCUAGUUCGUACGACACUGUGCCGCUGCCUCGCGGUCACCGCUCGAAGUUUGACCGCUUUGACUCGCUCAGUCGCAUCGACUCGCUCAGUCAUCGGCUCGAGACGAUGAGCGUGCGAGAUGGAUACAGCAGUGACUUGACCGAUGUGCAGCGCAGGCACAGCGCGACGCAACAGGACCUGAGCCUGUCUAGAAGCCCGAGACUGCGGCGGCGCAAUUCUUCGUCGCGCUUCGAGGAAUCGCUGCCUGUGCCGUUGCUAAAGGCGCGCUCCCCUGUAGCGAAGGAGCUGCGCAACGCCAUCCCGUUCAGCUCGCACCGACGGCCCGAGGAGCGAUGGCAGAUUGGCGCCGGACAGAAGAGCAACUUGCUCCCAUCGUCACCCGUCGGCUCUCGGGGUAGCAUUUUAACUCAGUUGGGUUCCAUUCGGGCGCAGCUGCAACGCGAGCAGCUGCGUAUGGACGAGACGCUCCGUAGACGAGGGUUGCUGCGCACAAGAACAACGGAGGAUUACUGACCCCACGGGAACCUGCACGUUCUUAUGACCCAAAUCAAUCAGCAGGCGCUUCGGUUAGUCGAUCGUCAAUUCGUAUCACAUCGAUUCUCCGCGAAACAAUAUAGCCCCCCCACUUCGAAUAGCUGUUUUAUAUUCUAUUACAUUGUUAGAGUUUGUCUCUAUAUUUAUAUAUUAAUUGAAAUCUAUGAGAGAAGGUUUAGAGAUAAUAGAUAACGUUACCAGUUCCAAAA